AUGGCGGCGCGACUCCCCAUUGCUCAAGUCCCGGCCAUGUUCGCCCGUCGACAGCCAAGAGUGCUUUGCUCUUCUCGACGUCUUCAAUCAUCCUCCGCUCCCCAAACUCAGAACCCUGCGUAUCCUCUUUACCCUUCUGUCAUCCAACUCCUGCACCAGAAGGGAAUUCCCGAGUCAGAAGUCUCCAAGAUUCCCGCCUCUGGCCCUAAGGGUCGUCUCCUCAAGGGUGACGUCCUCGCCUACAUCGGUCAAAUCGCCGCUGAGUACCCGGCGAAUCAGGCUGCGUCAUUGGCCAAGCUUGCACACCUCGAUCUGAGCAACAUCAAGAUCGCCGCGCCGGCCGCUAAGCCCGCCGCACCUGCCGCAGAGGAGAAGAAGGAUGUUGUCGCACAACCGCCCCGCAUGACCCCGAUCGCCAUUACGGUCUCCUUGUCUGCCGUCCUGUCUGCGCAAAAGAAGAUCCAAGAGAGCUUGGGCGUCACUGUGCCUUUGUCACGCUUCUUGACCAUUGCCACCGACCUUGCAAACGAUGCACUUCCCCGCGCGAAGAAUGAGAAGCCCUCCUCAGACGAGCUGUUCGACGAGCUUCUGGGGGCUGAGCCUGUGAACACAUCUCGUGGAAAUUAUAUCCCUGAGCUCAACGCUUUCGAUGCCCCCGUGGCUCGUCAGUCUCAACCUGUCGUUGAGGAUAUCAUCGAUUUCCUCAGCGCCAAGCCCAGCAAAAGGACUGUCGCUCGCUCAGUCCCCUCCGUGGAGGGAGGUGCUGCGCAGAACGUCUUCAGCCUCAAUGUUCCCGCAGGCGAGGAGCUUCGUGCCAAGACUUUCCUUGAGAGAGUGAAGACUCUCCUGCAGGUUGAGCCUGCUCGCUUGGUGCUAUAG